AUGGCGGAGGUUGCCCGUAGGCAACGAGCGCCUCUCCGGCAAGAUGGCGGGCGGUUGCCGGCAACAAGAGCGCCUCUCCGGCAAGAUGGCGGCGGUUUGCCAACAAACGUGCGCGGUUCCCCGGCAAGAUUGCGGCCCGUUACCCCGGCAAACGUGCGCCUCUCCGUUAAGAUGGAGGCGGUUUUGCCCGGCAACGUGCGCGGCCCCGACUACCAUGGCGGGCGGUUGCGCUGGCAACACGGGCGCGGCCCCCCGCUGGGUCCCAUGCGCGCAGACUCACUCGGCGGUGGCCGGAGAGCGGGCGGAGUCACAUGCGCUCGGAUCGGUCUCCUCUCGUACUCUUCUAUCCCGUCCGGGCCGCAUGUCGCAGCCUCAGCGCCGCAUCGUCCCGUGCGGUGUAACGUUAUCUCCUCCUGCCCACAGGCUCAGGUGCUGAAGCUUCUUCAUUCGGUGCAGCAGAAGGGAGGUCACCCCGAGGCCGGGGCCACCCUGGCCCAGCUACAGGAGCUGCAGCAGAGCGGCGAGAGCGGGGAGGAGAGCGAGGCGGAGGAGGUGGAGAACAGCGAGCCCCUGGAGGACAGCGAGCUGGAGCUCUCAGAGAGCGAUGACGAAGACAUGGAAGGUUAUGAUAAGCCCGUCUCGGGACGGAGGAAGAUAAAUCAAUGGAACCGCAGAAACGAGAAGGGGGAGACGGUGUUACACCGAGCCUGCAUCGAUGGCAACCUGAAGCACGUCCAGAGUCUGGUGGAGAAGGGACACCCAUUGAACCCGCGAGAUAACUGUGGCUGGACACCACUUCACGAAGCCUGCAACCAUGGGUACCUGGAGAUCGUGCGCUUCCUGCUGGACCACCAGGCCAAUGUCAACGAUGCCGGGGGGCCGCACUGCGAGGGCAUCACCCCCCUGCACGACGCCAUCGCCUGCGGGAACUUCUCCGUCGCCGAGCUGCUGGUCCAGAAAGGAGCGUCGGUGUCUGUGCGGAAUGCCAAGGGGCUGACUCCCCUCGAUGGGCUGCGGGAAUGGCAGCACCUCUACCGCAGGGACCUGGAUCAAGAAACCCGGCAGCAGUGCAGGCACCUGGAGAGGAUACUGACGGGGUCCCAUGACCGAGGCAACACCGUGCGCCCCGUGCCAGAGCUGGCAGAGAGCGAGCUGUUUGACUCUGAGAGUUCCCAGCUCUCACACACCACUGAGGCCGGUUCGAGGGCCCUGGGAGUGGAGGAUCGGCGAGGGAGAGGCAGCGGGGUCUCGGGCGGGGACGGCGUGGGGCGCUGCUCCCAGAGGUGGGUAGAGGAGCCCCCAACCACCCAGGUGACAACAAGGAGCCGUCUGGAUUGGUCGGACGAGGAUGAGGAUGACCUCCCGCUGGAGUGUUUCCGGCCAUUCAGGAAGCGGCAGAGGUCGGCGAGAGACGGCGAGGGAGACCCGGUGACCCUCAGUGUCAGUGAUGGGACGGCAGGCGGCCGGGGGUCUCUCCGCCCGGAGCGGGAGCGGGAAUCGCACGAUCCCUGUGCUGCCACCUCCACCUACCUGAGUGCCAUGCGGAGCCUGGGAAGCGCCCAGUCCCGGUUCUUGUGCCAGACCCUGGCUGAGCCAGCCCCAGCCCCAACCCCAGCCCUAACCCCGUCGGCCCUGAUCCCAGACGCUGAGUGCCUGGAGGAGGACUGGCUGGAGGACGACCUGUGGGAUGGACGGCACAGGAAGAGGCCGCGGGAGAGGGGCGGAGUGGUCCCAGAAACUGACCCUGCUGCCAGACCUGCCCCCAACCCCACCAACUCCCCCAGGCUUCCCCAGCCCAGGAAGAGGCCGCGGCAGAUGCGGAUGACCCAGAUCGUGGAGAGGACGGUGGUGGGGAGGACGGCAGGGCGCUCCAGACAGGGAGGGGCUGCCUUGGGCAACUCCGAUGAUCUCACCCCAGAGCUCUGGUCCACCGCACCUAACGUCUCCGUCUCACAGAGUCCAGCCCUGCCGAUUACACAGACCGUCAACACCGCAGUGCCUCCGUUAAUUAGAGUGAAGGUCACUGUGCAAGAGACCAUCUUUCUGAUCCCAGUUCCACACAGCAGCGGUGAGGUGCACACAGUGUCCUGGCUGGCUGAACAGGCCAGCCAGCGCUAUUACCAGACCUGUGGUCUAAGGCCCAAGCUCAGCCUGAAGAAGGAAGGAGCCCUGCUGGACCCACUGGAUCCCAUCACCCACGUCCUGCAGAGUGACGAGGAGGUGCUGGCCGUUGUCUUGUCCUGGGACCUGCCUCCCCUCUCUGACAGAUACAAGAAAGCCUGUCACAGCCUGGGACUGGUUGAGGACAACCUGGUGCUGAGGGCGUGCGAGGUGCAGGGAGGCGGCUCCUGCUUCCGGCUGAGUGGGGUGCCGCUGGGCACGGAGCGCCUGGCCCCGCUCCUCCGCUCCCUCCGCCUACACACGGCCAUGCGGGAGCUGCGUCUGGCAGCCACCCGGCUGGCACCGCCCGCCCUGGAGACACUACUCGCUACCCUGCUCACCCUGCCCAACCUCACCCUGCUCGACCUCUCCGACAACCUCAUCAGCGGCCCCGGCCUGAGGGAGCUCAGUGAGGGAGUGCGCCGCUCCGCCCAACCCCCCUUCCAGAGUCUGCGGGAGUUGAACCUGAGCCUCAACCCGCUGGGGGAGGGCAGCUGGCAGAGCCUGGCCGUGCUGCUGGAGUGCUGUCCCGUGCUGACCACGCUCAGACUCCAGGCCUGCAGGCUGACCACUAGCUCCCUGCAGCAGCAUCGCCACCAGCUUGCAGAGGCCAUGAAAGGUUCCCUGCAUCUGAAGACACUGUGCCUGUCACACAAUGCGUUGGGAGGGCUGGGGGUGGAGCUGAUCCUGCAGAGCCUCCCCCACCGCUCCCUCACUCACCUGGACCUGUCGGCAGUGGGGGGGGCAGGCGGUGACACCCUCCGCGUCGAGCACUUCGUCAGGUACCUGUCACAGGAUGGAUGCUGCCUGACCCACCUGAAGCUCUCUGCCAACCGCCUGACGGACGACUCUCUCCAUGAUCUCUCCAGGUGUUUGCUCCUCUGCCGCUCCCUGGAGGCCCUGGAUCUCUCCGCCAACCCUGGACUCACCACCGCAGGCCUGGACCUGCUGCUGGGAGCAGUGCGGGUGCGCAGCUCUGGGCUGCAAUUCCUCAGCCUGGCAGGUGCCUCUGUCCAGGAGUGGUCCAUGGCGGAGGGUACAGCCCCCCGGGUGGGGGAGCUGCAGCUGUGCAGCGCGGGGCUGCACAAGGGGGAGAUGGAGAGGCUGGCGGGGAGCUGGCGCAGUGCCCUGGGGGGCCGGGGCAGGGCCCUGUGUCGUCUGCACAAGUGCCUGCUACGGGCAGUGCCCAGUGGUCAGAGCUAACCCCUCCCCGCCCACUCCCUAUCCUCCCCCCUCCCCUCCACCCAGUCUCCCCAUCAAAUCCUCCAACUAUUCACCCACCCCCUUGCUCUCCCUUCACCCCCUACCUCCCUCUUCAACGCCUUCCCUCCUACUCAGUCCCUCACUCCCCACCUCCCACUCUCCUCUUCCACCACUCUGGUCCUUCCUUCCUGCAUCUCCCCCGUUCUCUCCCACUCCCACCCCUCCUGUCUGUUUACCAUUGCUUUUCACCAGUGCUGCUCCUGUAACUGCUUGUACUUUGUAUAUUAAACCAGACAUU